AUGUCAAUAAAAGAUUUUAAAGAUGAUACAUUGGACAUUUCAUCAAUAAACGAUAGAAACGAUCAAUGCAGUAUCAAUACAUAUGAUGAAAUUAAUUUAGAAGAAGCUGAAUUACAAAAUGAAGAAAAUGAAAUUAUUGAUGAAACAAAUCAAUCUAUUCAUAAUAAAAAACCUACAAAGAAAAAACCAUGGAAAGAAAUUUUUUUAUUAAGUUUUAGUUCAUUAGGUGCAAUUUAUGGUGAUUUAGGUACUUCACCUUUAUAUGUUUUAAACACUAUUAAAUAUCCAACUUCACCACCAAAUAAAGAUGAUAUUUAUGGAGCAGUUUCAUUAAUUUUUUAUUUAUUUACAAUAAUUGUAAUUUUCAAAUACGUUUGUAUAGUGUUGGUCAUUGGUCCAAAUGGAGAAAGUGGAGGAGCAGUUGCAAUUUAUGCUAAAAUUGCAAGAUUUUUACAAAUUGGUCCAAAGGGAGUUACAAUUCCUGGUGGAUCAAAUGAUAUACUGGAUUUACAAUUAUUAUCAAGAACUGAUACUACUACUUCAUCAAUUUUUUCUGUUAGUUCAAGAAUUGAAAAAAUUAAACAAAAUCCUGGAUUAAUUAAAUUUGUUCAAUAUUUCAUUUUAAGUCUUUGUUUUUUAGGUUGUUCUUUGGUUAUAUCAGAUGGAUUAUUAACUCCAACUACUUCAGUAUUGAGUGCAAUUGGUGGUAUUCAAAUUGCUGUUCCUUCAUUCAAUCAAGUCUUGGCUGUUUCAGAAGUAAUAUUGAUUUUUUUAUUUAUUAUUCAACAAUUUGGAUCAAAUAAAAUUGGAUUCAUAUUUGCACCUAUCAUUUUUCUAUGGAUGAUUGGUUUAAUGAUUUGUGGGAUUUAUAAUAUUGUAAAAUAUCAUCCAUCAAUAUUUGCUGCUUUAUCUCCAUUUUAUGCCAUUAAAUUCUUGAAAAAUGGUGGGAUCGAUUUAUUUAGUGGUGCUAUGCUUAGUAUAACUGGUACAGAAGCUAUGUUUUCAGAUAUUUCACAUUUUGGAAGAUUACCUGUUCAAUUAACCUUGGGUUCAUUUGUUUAUCCUGCAUUAAUGUUUUGUUAUUUAGGACAAGGUGCUUAUAUUGUUGAACAUCCAGAAGCUUGGGUUAAUUCUUUUUUUUUAAGUUUACCUGGUGGAACUGGUUCAGGAAUAUAUUGGGUCAUGUUUGUGUUAGCAACAUUAUCAACAGUUAUUGCAAGUCAAGCUUUAAUUUUAUCAGUUUUCAGUAUUGUUUCACAAUUGAUUAAUUUAGAUUGUUUUCCAAGAUUAAAAAUUGUACAUACAUCAUCACAUUAUGCUGAAAAAGUUUAUAUUCCAGUUGUAAAUUGGUUAUUAAUGAUUGGUGUAAUUUGUACUACCGCUGGUUUCAAAAACAGUAAUAAUGUUACUGCAGCUUAUGGUUUAGGUAUUUCUUUAGAUUUUUUGGUUACAUCACUGUUGAUUAUUAUUUGCAUGUUUUAUGUAUACAAAGCAAAUAUAAUAUGGCCAAUCUUAUUUUUUGCAAUUUUUGUACCAUUGGAGGUAUGUUUAGUUGUUGCUAAUUUGAAGAAAGUUGAAAGUGGUGCAUGGUUUAGUUUAAUGGUUGCUGCUUUAUUUAUGACAUUUUUGUGUGUUUGGAGAUGGGCAAGAUCUAAGAAGGUAAACCAUGAAUAUAGUCAAAGAAUUAAAAUUGGUGAAAUAUAUCCGUAUUUCAAUGCAAAAUCAAACGUUAUAACGGUUAAUUUAAAUUCAAAUAAUAAUGGUGCUGUUAAUGAAAACUAUACGACAAGGUAUAACGAAGACGAUGUUGACUCAAGAUUCGGUAUUCAAAGGUUGCAAAAAUAUGAUGGUAUUGGAUUUAUGUAUCUUGAAUCAAUUUUAGCAAUAAGUCCAAAUACAUUACCACAAUUAUAUGGCAAAAUAGUUAAAGAUUUUGUCUCAGUACCUGAUAAUUUUGUAUUUGUUGGUAUAAGAGUAUUAUCAAUCCCAACCGUCAAUGAAGAAGAUAGAAUUUUGAUUGCUCCAAUGAAAUUAAAAAAUCAUUUUAAAUGUAUUUUAAGAUUUGGAUUUAUGGAAAAUAUACAAAUUGAAUCUGCUUUAACUAAAAGAAUUAUUAAUAAUAUUCCAAAUUUUGAUGUCUCAAAAUUACAAAAUAAAAACUACCCUAUUUUACAUUAUUUUGAAAAUGAUUUGAUUAAAUGUCAUCAGCUUAAAGCAAACAACAAAAAUAAGUUUUUAAAUUUUUGCAAAAGGUUGAAAUAUGGUGUUAGAUUUAUUACAAUAAAUUAUCUUUUUAGUCCUUUGAAUUCAUUAACUCAAGAUCACGGUGAUUUUGUGAAAUGUGAUGAUGAAUCAGAAGAGUUGAAAAAUAAAGUGUUUAUAGGAGGAGUCACUAGGAUAUAG